ACUGUGGAAUGGAGCUAUCGAGCCACGCGGUCAGUGCCUCAGAGCCAAGCACUCAGCGGCUGGAACUCCCUGUGGAAGUAUGGGAACGCAUCAUCGACAUUGUAGCCACGGAGAGCAAGCGUGGCGACAACAACAAUUGGACUUCGCACCCAGGAUGGGGCACGCUUAUCGCCUGCACGCUGGUCUGCAAAUCAUGGUACCACCGCAGCUGGUUUCACCUCCACUGGCAGAUCUCAGUGCGCAGUCGCGAGCAAGUCGUCGCACUCUCUAGGCUCAUCCGCGCCGAACCACAUCUGCGAGAGGCGGUACAACGUAUUGCCAUUGCGGGUGGGCUGGAUCAGGACCAACGACGACUACCAAUCCCGCACAUGGCCACUUUCGUUGCCAUGCUUGCUUGCAAAUUGCCGAACGUCAAGGAAUUGAUAGUGCGUCAUGCCGAAUGGAGGGUAGCGGAUAUCCAACCAAAAUCACUCUCCUACGUGCCACACGCUUUCCAGUCCGUCGCCUCCUUGAAGCUCGUCAACGUCACAUUUGCAUCUGCCAUGCUUUUCGGCCGUCUGGUGUCCGCUCUCCCGGCUCUCACUUGGAUGCAUUGCGUUGUAGUACGAUGCACACAAGAUGAGCCCGGGCCAGUAGACAUACUAUCACCUCUGCCGAGGACAAGUCGUGAACUCAGUGCAUUGGCACUCUGUGAGCCAAUCGACCCAGCGAUCCAAGCGUUCCUCAUCCGGUGCGCGGAAGAGGAUGGUUGCCAGCUGCAGUUCCUCAGCUUGGAGAUGGACAUUCCCUCGCCGUUUACUCUGGCAUCAAAGAAGGGUCAGCAUCUUCUAGACUCUAGUCGCGCGCACCUUCGUUUCUUUGUUUUGACGCUAUACAUGGGAGACGUCAGCCCCGAUGUACAAAAGGCCGCAUUGGAACCGCAUAUCAAUCUGGCCCGCGCACUCAAGUUAGAACGACUGACCGUCGAAUGCUCAUGCCCUAUUGAUCCCGACUUCUCGUGGAUUUCCACGAUAGCCUCAUCCAUCGUAUCAGACGUCAUGCAUGAAGAAGACCCUCUACGCAGAUUGGAGAUUCUGUUGGCCAGACUCGAUCAGCACGCAGACCUCACCCUGUUGGAUGGAGUUCUAGCUGGCAAGCAAUUCGCAAAUAUCAGGGCAAGGGGUGUCGGGGUGUUCCUAGACUUGUCCCCUGAGCUUCGCGCGCUCCAGCCUGCAGCGGUAGGACGCCUGGAGGAGCAGUGGCAGGAACAGGUCAAACGGAAGAUGCCGCGUUUGAAUGAACGAGGGAUGCUCAGAGCAUUUGUGUGGACCUAGGGACGGGAUAGUCGUCGAAACUCAGAAUGUUCUUGGUCUACUCUUUGAUGGACAGACACGGACCCUACUACUCGUGCCUAGACACAACAACAAUAGGACGAAGAGAUGAAAGUUCGUG